UUUAAUUUCUUUUUUGUAUAUGAUCACAAGCCUUACGCUUCUAUUAUUAUCAUUGCUUCAAAGCAAUUCCAAUGAAUUUUCAUUCUUCAAUCCAUUAAAAUUAAAGGUUUAAUUUAUCUACAUUUCUCUCAGAUCUGUUUCUAGAAAGUUCUAUUCAAUUCUGAACAUCGAUCAGAAUUACUCUAUUUUUUUCAGGUCGAAAUCGAUUGGUUUUCGGUUGCUUUCAACUUUGCUGGAUUUAUACGUGAAUGUGCCGCUUCGAUUUCGACUUUUCGCCUCCUUUAUUGAGUAACAGAUUUUAAAUUGGCUCCGCAACGCCGAUCGCAGCGCCACAUGGGUGGUCAGACUCAUCAGAGCAAUGUGGCGGCUACUGCUCUAUACGAUCACCCGGGCAAUGCCGGCCCAGCUGGUGAUGCGGGAGAUGCCGUCAUGGCGCGAUGGCUUCAGUCUGCCGGGCUGCAGCAUUUGGCAUCUACUGGCGUGGAUCAGCGUAUGCUUCCAAACCUGCUUAUGCAGGGAUAUGGAGCACAGUCUAUGGAAGAGAAACAGAGGCUUUUCAAAUUGAUGAGAAACCUGAACCUUAAUGGCGAAUCUGCUUCUGAUCCAUAUACUCCAACAGCCCAAAGUCCAGGAGGGUUUGGAUCCACGGAUGGCUUUUAUUCUCCUGAGUUCAGAGGAGACUUCGGAGCUGGGCUAUUGGAUCUUCAUUCCAUGGAUGACACUGAACUCUUAACUGAGCAUGUAAUUUCUGAACCGUUUGAGGUGUCACCUUUCAUGUCGGGGGUAAACAAAGCAUUUGACAGCGACAAUGAUCAACAGCAAAAAGCACAACCGGAGGCAGAUGCUGCAGCUGGAUUAUCCACAAUUGAAAAAGAAAAUAAUGGAAGAGAAAACAAUGUGGCGAAGAUUAAAGUAGUGGUGCGUAAGAGACCUUUAAACAAGAAGGAAGUUGCUCGGAAAGAGGAUGAUGCUGUCACUGUAUCAGACAAUGAUUGUCUCACAGUCCAUGAACCCAAACUUAAGGUGGACUUGACUGCUUAUGUUGAGAAGCACGAGUUCUGUUUUGACGCUGUUCUCGAUGAGUAUGUGACGAACGAUCAGGUUUAUCGAGCCACCGUGGAACCAAUUAUCCCAACCAUCUUUCAGCGCACAAAAGCUACAUGCUUCGCUUAUGGCCAGACAGGGAGUGGUAAGACAUACACAAUGCAACCAUUGCCUCUUAGAGCAGCAGAGGAUCUUGUUAGAUUGUUGCAUCAGCCCAUUUAUCGUAGUCAGAAAUUCAAGUUGUGGCUCAGCUUUUUUGAAAUAUAUGGUGGGAAACUGUUUGAUCUUCUUGGUGAUCGGAGGAAACUCUGUAUGAGGGAAGAUGGGCGGCAGCAGGUGUGUAUUGUUGGACUCCAGGAAUUUGAAGUUUCAGAUGUGCAGAUUGUAAAAGAGUAUAUUGAGCGGGGAAAUGCUGCAAGAAGUACUGGAUCAACUGGAGCAAAUGAGGAAUCAUCAAGAUCACAUGCGAUAUUGCAACUUGUUGUCAAGAAACAUAAUGAAGUCAAGGAAUCGAGAAGAAAUAAUGAUGCAAAUGAGACCAAGGCUGGGAAAGUUGUCGGGAAGAUUUCUUUUAUUGACCUUGCUGGUAGCGAGAGAGGUGCAGACACAACUGAUAAUGACCGGCAAACAAGGAUUGAAGGAGCAGAAAUCAAUAAGAGUUUGUUGGCUCUUAAAGAGUGUAUCCGUGCUCUCGACAAUGACCAGAUUCAUAUUCCAUUCCGUGGGAGCAAACUUACUGAGGUGCUUCGUGACUCCUUCGUUGGUAACUCAAGAACUGUUAUGAUUUCCUGCAUCUCUCCUAAUGCAGGAUCAUGUGAACAUACACUCAACACAUUGAGAUAUGCUGACAGGGUGAAAAGUCUAUCCAAAAGUGGAAACACAAAGAAAGAUCAGAGUGCAAGUUUAAUACCGUCUUCAACGCCACCUUUGGCUGUUUCUGCUGGAGCAGGAGAUGUUUAUGAGCAACCUCAAGAAUCUAAAAUACCCGACACAAGCAGAAGGGCUAUGGAGAAAGAAAGUACAUCUUACAUUCCAUCUAGUGAUUUUGAUAAACAAUCCUCUAGGUUUAGUUCAAAUCUUACUGUCAACGGUUGGGAGGAAAGUGGGGCAAAUUCUGGUGGUAUGGAGGGCAGGGUUGAGGUGAAGAAUACCUAUGGUAUUCCAGCUGGUCAGAAACUGUACUCAACAACCAAUUUGCAAAGUUCAGCUGAUGUAGUAGACAAGGUGCCGAAGGUGUCUCCACCUCGAAGGAAAGCAUAUAGGGAUGAGAAACUUGAAAAGCCAGAACGGCCAGGAAAUUGGUCAAGAAAAGAUGUCGCAAGCGUUGAUUCAUCUUCUACGAGUUAUAGACAGCAAUCUACAAGUACCCCCACAAAAAGUACUGGAUCAAGACAAAAUGAAGUUUCUUCACCCCCUCGUGAUGAAAAUAUCAAUGAAAUACUCGAGGAAGAAGAGGCCCUAAUAGCUGCCCACAGGAAAGAAAUCGAAGAUACAAUGGAGAUUGUUCGUGAAGAAAUGAAACUGUUGGCAGAAGUUGAUCAACCCGGAAGUCGUAUAGACAAUUAUGUGACACAGUUAAGCUUUGUGCUAUCACGCAAAGCAGCAAGUCUGGUCAGCCUUCAGGCUCGACUUGCAAGGUUCCAGCAUCGGUUGAAAGAGCAGGAAAUACUGAGUAGAAAGAGGGUACCGCGUUAGGCAUGAAAUCUAGUUACUACAUCAAAUACUGCACCAUUUUACUUGUAUUUACUUGUCCCUUUGUAAUUCUUGCAAGAUAGGUUUAAAAUUGUAAACAAACAAUGAAUCAGGUGAAGAAUCAUUGUGCAGAUUUUACUAAAUAGAAGGAAAAAAAAAAACAAUGGUGUUCUCUCAUGAGCAUGAACUAAUGAAACUACAGAUGUUAAUGUUGGCCCUUCUAGUUAUUAGUUAAGCACCUUCUAGUACUGAGACGAUGCAAGACGGGUGUUUCAGAACUUGUAAAUUCGUUACAAUCAUGAUAUGAAACUUCUAAAGAUUGAUUAGACUCAAUUUCAAGUA